AUGGAGUCUAUUCACGCUCGUAACAUCAAGAAUGCCGUGACGGCUUGGGCCCAAGAACUAUCUGAGCAACCACAAAGAUUCUACAUUGUAGCAUCUUUCCUAGUUGUUCUUGCCGCGAUCACCGUGUUCUGGAAAAUUCCGAGACAGCCCGCGGUCAAAAUAUUGCUCGCAGAUGAAAUUAGGAGUUCAAGGCAGCGUGCUCUUGAAUAUGCUUUCAACCCGCGACAAGUGAUGAAAAAGGGAUAUGCACAGUUCAAAGAUGAGGUUUACGGCAUCAAUACACAAGAUGGUGUCAAAGUGGUCAUUCCUCCAAGCUUUCUUAACGACUUGAAAAGUCAUCCAAGCUUAAGCUUCAAAGCAUCAAUCGAUAAUGACAUGCAACUUGAAUACACUUACUUCGGUGGUCCCCCCGAAUACGUUAUUCACGCCAUCAAGGGCAACAUGACUGCUUCUCUUGGGACUGUGACGCCGUUGCUCAACCAAAUGGUACGAAGAAACGUGCCUGUGAUCUUGGGCAAGUACAAAGACUGGACACCUGUGCAGGUCCAUGACAAGAUACUGCAGCUGGUAGGGACGAACAACGCAAGAAUAUUUCAGGGAACUGCCGCUAGCCUUGACCAAGAAUGGGUUGAAGCGUCUACAGGCUAUGUUCUAUCAGUUUUCGACUGCAUCCGGGCGCUGAAGCAAUGGCAUCCCUGGCUCAGGCCCAUUGUGUACAGGUUUAUCCCAGAACGAGCAGCUAUUAACGACCAGUGGGUCAAAGGUCGUAAGCGACUCAGCGCAUCCAUGCGUGAGAGAAGUGAAAGGGGUGCUAAUCUGGAGGAUCCUCCUACCAUGUUGGAUCUGCUCAGUUCUGGGAAGAAUGAAUGGCUUGCAAACGACAUUGAGAAGCAGUUGCUCUACCAGAUGACUCUCGUUGCGGUGGGAACCGUGACCACGUUUGCUUCCAUUACGCAGGCGAUCUAUGACCUGGCAACUCAACCUAGUUAUAUUCCUCUUCUCCGUAAGGAGGUGGAAUCUGUUCCGCGUGAUUCAAACGGAGACUUCACCAAGGAGUCUCUCUCCGCCAUGAAGAAGCUCGACAGUUUUAUCAAGGAGAGCCAGCGCCUCAAUGCACCCGAUCUAUCUACCUUUCAGCGCGCAGCAACAGCAAACAUGACUCUGCCAGAUGGGACCUUCAUUCCCAAAGGCACCAAGUUGGAGGUCAACACCUGCUCGAUCCAUAGGGACAAGAGUAUCUACGAGAACGCAGAUCAGUUUGAUGGACUCCGAUAUUACAAGCAACGUUUGAAUCCAGGGGAAGAAAACAAGCAUAUGUAUUACAGCGUGGGGAAGGAUGACCUGUCCUUUGGAUUUGGACGCCACGCUUGUCCUGGUCGAUAUCUUGGAGCAGUUAACAUCAAACUCCUUCUUGCCCAAAUACUGUUGGACUACGAUGUCAAAGUACCUGAUGGUGCUGCUCGGCCUGCCAAUAUUGAAUUCGAGGCUACUGUUUCACCGGAUGCAGAAUUUAAGAUUCUGCUCAGGAGUAGGCCGUAG